AAACUAACAAAUCAAAGAAAAUUGAUAAAAACAUUCCAAAUUAUUACGGAUUUACUCAUAUGGACGGCGCGCCUUGGCUGGUGUCCUACGAGACGUCCCAUUCAUCUUUUCCUUUCAACUUAAACAUUACAAUUUUGUCCGAUGACGUACUUUCACAAGCUCUUAUUUUCUGGAUUUUUCUGACUGUGCCUUGUACAUUUUUAUUUUAGAAAAUUUCUGUAGAAAUUAUUGUAAACAAAAAUUUGUUUUGCCAAAACGUAAAAGAAUCCAUGCAAAAUGAUAUCUAACCUACACUUAAUUAAUCAGUUUACCCUUCAUGAAUACAAUAUCAAGUAAUGCAUGGAAAUUAUGUUUUUAGAAUGGACUCCAUAAAACCUAGAAUGUCAGAAUCGCAGCCUAGUAUGUCACCAAAAAAAGAACCGAGUCCGAAACCUAACCAGGUCUCGACUGUUAUUUUAUAUGGAGUGCCGAUUGUUUCUUUGAUAAUAGAAAACCAAGAACGACUAUGCCUGGCACAAAUUUCCAACACAUUAUUGAAACAAUUUAGCUACAAUGAAAUUCACAAUCGACGUGUUGCAUUGGGAAUAACUUGUGUUCAGUGUACACCAGUCCAGUUAGAAAUUUUAAGACGGGCCGGUGCAAUGCCGGUGUCUUCCAGACGAUGUGGUAUGAUAACAAGACGAGAAGCUGAACGCCUCUGCAAAAGCUUCCUCGGAGACAACGCUCCACCGCGCCUGCCAGAAGAUUUCGCUUUCGCGGUCCACCACGAAUGUGCUUGGGGUUGCAGAGGCUCCUUCCUCCCUUCGCGGUAUAACUCCUCCAGAGCUAAAUGCAUCAAGUGUACAGUGUGCGGCUUAUUUUUUUCACCAAACAAAUUUAUAUUCCAUUCACACCGUCUCAGUGCCGGCGAUAAGUACGUACAACCUGAUGCAGCUAAUUUCAACUCUUGGAGACGUCAUAUGAAACUCACUGGGAAUCCUCCAGAAGAAAUUAUUCACGCUUGGGAGGACGUUAAAGCCAUGUUUAAUGGAGGAACGCGGAAAAGAUUGCUAGCUUCAUCAUUGAUGACUCGUGCGCCUAAACAAAACAAAAUGGAGCCUCAACCGCAACCUAUUGUUCCUGCUCCUAGAAUCCCUAAUUGCCAAGAUAUCUCCCUACCCAUAUCUAGAGUCGCUAUGGAUUUCAUUUACCACAAACCGUUGGCUUUCACGUCUUAUUCCUCUUUUCCUUGGCUGAAGCGCAAUCCUAUUCUGUUUCCUCAAGACAAUCCUUUUUUUCCUAUUGAUAAGGCUUAUCAGUCUGCAUUUAAACCUGUGCAACCCGUUGUGGAGCGGGCUGUGUCCCAGAGGGAUGACGAAAGUGACGACGAGGUUGAUAUUGAAACUACCGAUGAAAAGACGGAUGGCGUUCAGUCGAACUGGGAUUUAAAAGAGGAAAAGGUUGCCUCUGUUGAACCUUCUACCAGCCCACAAACUUCCCCAGAAGACGCUGGCAAAAGAGAAGAAAUAUCCGCCAUUUCUCAAAAGAUCUGGAACCUUUCAAGACUAUCUUUCGACGGAACAGACAGGACAAAUUUUCUCUAUAGACAAGACCUGCAUCGCCAUUUUCUAAUAGAGUCUGGAGAGGAGUCUUCUUCUAUGUUGAGGACUUCAGUGGGAAUGGCAAUGAACAUAAAACCAAAUGUAGACUGUUCGACUUGUUUAAGUCAUAGCAAUAGUAUUAUUCCAUCUCCAGAAAAUAGUAAUAACAAAAUAACAUAAUUUUUUUGGUCUGGACAUAAUAUUAUUAUUUUAUUAAUUUAUUUAAGUAGGAAUUGAAAGUGCA